UGUGAGUGAGCGAGUGGAGGGGCGGGGUAUGUGUGUGAGUGUGUGAAGUGUGAGCCGACCUGAUGGGACUUGCACGGGCUCAGCCGGCGCUCGGGCCCGGCCCUGGGGACAGGGCGGGCUGGGGGCGCCCCGGAGUCCACGAGGAGUCCGGGCCCGCGUGCAGGCGGACGGGUGACCGUGCAGGGCACCCCCCCGGGGGGGCCGCAACGCUACCUGGGACUGUCGCCGGAGCCAAACAACUGGGAAGGGGGGGGACACGACAGGGGGGUGCCGGGAGCGGAGAUCCGAGUGAAUUAGAAAAAAGUGGCUACUCCCCCUCCCUCUCUUCUUGCCCGCCCCCACCCCACCCCCACCCCAACACAUUUUUUCCCCCUCUAAAGAGAUCACAAGGAAGUCUUGGUUUAAAAAGAAACAGAAACAUACACAGGGGGUUGGUGAAUGGUGCCGACCGCGGCCAUCGCAGUUGGAGGCUAUUUUUUGGGGGGGUGAGUAGCGUCCAUGGAGUUACUUUGCGCCCACUCCUAGUGGCACCAGCUCUGGGCUGGAGGGCUGACCAUCUUCCCAGCAGGGGUGCGGGGCUUGGGGGACGCUGCGGCCCGGUCGCCUCCCUCGCCACGACCCCGGAUGGAUGCGCGCCCCCCGCCCUCCCGCGCCGGCCCCAGGAGCUCCUGGCUUCAGGAGCAUCCUUCCCGCGCCGGCCCCCGCCGCGGCGCGUAGCCGAGGGCAGCGCCCCUCGGGAGGGCACCGCGGAGCAAGGGCCCCAGGCGAACACACCAGCCCUCCAGGCCCUCCUGUCCCAUCUUCCUUGGGCGGGUUGGAACUUGCAGAGCAAUCUACUAAGCAGAUGGAAGAGAAGAGACGAAAAUACUCCAUCAGCAGCGACAACUCUGACACCACUGACGGUCACGUGACAUCCACAUCAGCAUCAAGAUGUUCCAAACUGCCCAGCAGUACCAAGUCGGGCUGGCCCCGGCAGAACGAAAAGAAGCCCUCAGAGGUUUUCCGGACAGACUUGAUCACAGCCAUGAAGAUCCCAGAUUCCUACCAGCUCAGCCCGGAUGACUACUACAUCCUGGCGGACCCAUGGCGACAAGAAUGGGAGAAAGGUGUGCAGGUACCUGCUGGAGCGGAGGCCAUUCCAGAGCCCGUGGUGAGGAUCCUCCCACCACUAAAAGGCCCCCCUACACUGAUGUCCCCAGAGAGCCCCACACUUGGUGAGGGUGCCCAUCCUGACUGGCCAGGAGGCAGCCGCUAUGACCUAGAUGAAAUUGAUGCGUACUGGUUGGAACUUCUCAACUCAGAGCUCAAGGAGAUGGAGAAACCCGAGCUGGACGAGCUGACGUUGGAGCGUGUUCUGGAGGAACUAGAGACGUUGUGCCACCAGAAUAUGGCCCAGGCCAUCGAGACACAGGAGGGGCUGGGCAUCGAGUACGAUGAGGACGUGGUCUGCGACGUGUGCCGCUCCCCUGAAGGCGAGGAUGGAAACGAGAUGGUCUUCUGUGACAAAUGCAAUGUCUGUGUGCACCAGGCAUGCUACGGGAUCCUCAAGGUGCCUACGGGCAGCUGGCUGUGCCGGACCUGUGCCCUGGGAGUCCAGCCUAAGUGCCUGCUCUGCCCCAAGCGAGGAGGAGCCUUGAAGCCCACCAGAAGUGGGACCAAGUGGGUACACGUCAGCUGUGCCCUGUGGAUUCCUGAGGUCAGCAUUGGCUGUCCAGAGAAGAUGGAGCCCAUUACCAAGAUCUCACAUAUUCCGGCCAGCCGCUGGGCCCUGUCCUGCAGCCUCUGCAAGGAGUGCACGGGAACCUGCAUCCAGUGUUCCAUGCCUUCCUGCGUCACAGCAUUCCACGUUACGUGCGCCUUUGACCGAGGCCUGGAAAUGCGGACUAUAUUAGCCGACAAUGACGAGGUCAAGUUCAAGUCACUUUGCCAGGAGCACAGUGACGGGGGCCCUCGAAGUGAGCCUAAUUCUGAGCCUGUGGAGCCCAGCCAGGCCGUUGAGGAUCUGGAAAAGGUGACCCUACGCAAGCAGCGGCUGCAGCAGCUGGAGGAAAACUUCUAUGAGCUGGUGGAGCCGGCUGAGGUGGCUGAACGGCUAGACCUGGCUGAGGCACUGGUGGACUUCAUCUACCAGUACUGGAAGCUGAAGAGGAGAGCUAAUGCCAACCAGCCACUGCUGACGCCCAAGACCGACGAGGUGGACAACCUGGCCCAGCAGGAGCAGGAUGUCCUUUAUCGACGCCUGAAGCUUUUCACCCACCUGCGGCAGGACCUGGAGAGGGUGAGGAACCUGUGCUACAUGGUGACAAGGCGAGAGAGAACGAAGCACACCAUCUGUAAGCUUCAGGAGCAGAUAUUCCAUCUGCAGAUGAAACUCAUGGAGCAAGAUCUUUGCAGAGAGCCUUCUGGGAGGAGAUCAAAGGGCAAGAAGAAUGACUCAAAAAGGAAAGGCCGAGAGGGUCCCAAGGGCAGCAGCCCUGAGAAGAAAGAAAAAAUGAAGGCUGGGCCGGAGUCUGUGCUGGGGCAGCUGGGCCUGUCCACCUCGUUCCCCAUCGAUGGCACUUUCUUCAACAGCUGGUUGGCACAGUCUGUUCAGAUCACAGCCGAGGACAUGGCCAUGAGCGAGUGGUCUUUGAACAGUGGGCACCGGGAGGAUCCUGCUCCGGGGCUGCUGUCAGAGGAAUUGCUACAAGAUGAGGAAACACUGCUCAGCUUCAUGAGGGACCCCUCGCUACGACCCGGCGACCCUGCCAGGAAGGCCCGAGGCCGCACUCGCCUGCCUGCCAAGAAGAAACCACCCCCGCUGCAGGAUGGGCCCAGUGCACGGACCACUCCAGAAAAGCCAGCCAAGAAGGCCUGGGCCCAGGACGGCAAGGGCACGCAAGGACCACCCGCGAGGAAGCCACCACGGAGGACGUCUUCUCAUUUGCCGUCCAGCCCUGCAGCUGGGGACUGUCCUGUCCCAGCAACACUGGAAAGUCCUCCAACACUGGCCUCCGAGAUCCUGGACGAGACAGUCCCCGCGGCUUCCGACUUGAAUGUCCAAGUGCCUGGCCCUACAGUGAGCCCCAAACCCUUGGGCAGGCUCCGGCCACCCCGAGAGAUGAAGGUCAGUCGGAAAUCUCCGGGUGCUAGGUCUGAUGCUGGGACAGGACUGCCGUCUACGGUGGCCGAGAGGCCAAAGGUCAGCCUGCAUUUCGACACCGAGGCUGACGGCUACUUCUCUGAUGAGGAGAUGAGCGAUUCUGAUGUAGAGGCAGAGAACAGGGGGGUACAACGGGCUUCCAGGGAGGCAGGAGCAGAGGAGGUGGUUCGCAUGGGGGUGCUGGCCUCCUAACUCACCCAGGCCCUACUCUGGUCCCCUACAAGGCCUCAGCCCAACCACAACUGCCAUUUCCAACUGCUGAGUGUCUCAGACCCACCACUCCGUCGUGGUUUUAUUUUUAAUAUAGAGAGAGUUCUGAAUUCCA